AUGUCGAUUCGGACAGUAGGCGUGGUUGGAACCGGGGUGAUUGGAGCAUCUUGGACCGAACUUGAUGCGGCGACCCGUCCGGAUGUGGUGAUUGCCUCUUCGUCAUCCGGAAUACCUAGUUCUCGAUUCAUAUCAGAAUGUGCGAUCAAUCCUACCCGCGUGCUUAUCGGACAUCCUUUCAACCCUCCACAUUUAAUGCCACUUGUCGAAGUGGUCCCUCACCCCAAGACAGCAGCUUCAGUCACAGAGGCGGCUAAAUCUUUCUAUAAAUCGCUGGACCGAACUCCCGUGCACAUUCGUGAAGAGCUACCAGGGUUCGCCGCCAACCGUCUCCAGGUAGCGCUUCUCAAUGAAGCUUACAGCCUUGUAAGCCGUGGCAUCAUCUCGGCUGAAGAUUUAGAUACGUGUGUGACUAAUAGUCUUGGGCCACGAUGGGCCGCCACCGGUCCCCUUCUAUCCAACGCGAUGGGAGGCGGAGGCGGUAUCGACGGCUUGAAACACGCUUUGGAACACCUCGGUCCGGCAUCUCGAUCUUGGCUUGAGGAUAUGAAAGCUCAUGAAUUCACAUGGACGCCCCAAGAGCUUGACGCACUGAGUGCAAGUGUAUCUGAAGAGCUACGCGGAAAGGAUACCAAAGACCUAGAACGAAAACGGGAUAACCUGCUCGUUGAGAUCCUCAGUCUAAAGAAGUAA